GCUGUCUCAGGCUGUCUGCUGCGGACUCAGCACCCAGCCCAGCAGUUUGUAUUUCAGCAGUGUCAGGUGUGGUCAGGGUAGUGCAGCAGUCCACGGACUGUACCGCAGGACCGGCUCGUACCACCGAACUAGGCUGCAGCAGACCUUUUCUUUGGUGGGGUUGUGUUGAUGAUUAGUUAACAUCAGCAUGUCAUCGCGAUCCAAAGAGAAGAUGGCGGCUGCCUUCCGGAAACUUUUUCGGUCAACGGAAAAAAUGGCCGACGGCGAAGGAGGUGGAAGUAGUGGUCAAGCCAAAACUGGAGGCUCACCAGCGAGACGUUUGCUCAACAGGCAUCGAGAUAUCGUCACGCCAGCGGAACCUGGACCCCUCGACAACCCAAGUCCGAGGACCUCGAGUGGCCUCUUCAAGAAGAAAACUCCUGCAAUGCCUCAACCUGACUCCACCCCUCAUGAGAAGAAGGUCAGAACGCGACGGCUCAUGAAGGAGUUGCAGGAAAUUCAGAGGAAUGAGAAAAAGGAUGAUCCUGUAUUCACAGUAAGCCUAGUGAAUGACAACCUGUUUGAAUGGCAUGUUCGCCUCUAUCGUAUCGACCAGGAGAGCGACUUGGCCGCAGACAUGCGUGAACACAAUGUCUCACACAUCCUCCUUCACAUCACCUUCCCUGACAACUUCCCCUUCAUGCCACCCUUCAUGAGGGUCAUCUCCCCCAGGAUAGAGAGAGGCUUUGUCAUGGAAGGUGGUGCCAUCUGUAUGGAGCUGUUGACUCCACGAGGUUGGGCGAGUGCUUACACUGUUGAAGCAUUAAUAAUGCAGUUUGCUGCUAGUAUAGUCAAAGGACAGGGAAGAAUAGCGAAGAAAACAAAAAGCAGUAGUAAGGACUUCAGUCGACGUUCAGCAGAGGAAUCGUUUCGCAGUUUGGUCAAAACUCACGAAAAAUACGGCUGGGUUACACCACCUCUCUCAGAUGGUUAAUUGGAUCAAAACCCAUAGGGGUUCAAAAGGCAUUUUAUAUGUUGCAUCAUAUGCGCAUCGGUUACCAAGCAUCGACUUAACUUGCCACAUCAAAGACAAAUGGGUUAUUUAAAGAGGCUAUUCUAGUCAAUAAUUGAUUUUACUCAAGAACAACCCAGUAACAGUAACCCAGAUAUUAUUAAUUAACAAUAUUUAAUUAUUUUUGUUCCUUAUUCCUCACACACAUCUCAUUUACUCGAUAGUUUAAACGAUUCCUACAUUCCAAUAUGAUGCAGCAUGUGAGUUUCAGAGUUAGUUUUUCCAGUAUAUUUCGACCUGUACUAUUUGUGUGCCAAAAAUUAAUUGGUAAUGUCUUUCAGAUUUAUCUUAGUAGGAUACCGUGUCGAUUAUUGUGCAUUCAUCUCUGAGACUUAAACUAUGCCAAAAAGUGUAUUGACAAAACUGUAUCCAUGUACAUUUUCGAUUUAUUAAAGUUUAAGCACUUAAAAUUGGAUAAACUUUGUUUCAUUUUUAUUUUUUAAUUAUUUCAAACCAAAUUUGAAUAGUAAGAAUACUAUUCAACUUGUAAUAUUAUAACGUGAACUCAAAGUCUAAACAAUAUUUUAUUUGUUUUAAAUUUACUCCUGCUUGAGAACAAAUUCAAAACAACCAUAGUUUCUAAUGUGUGUCGUACUUAGAGCUUUUUUUAAGAUAUCUACUAAAAAAAAAUGAACUUGAUCUCUUAGUUUAGGAACAACGAGAAACCUGAGUAUUUUUCACUUGUGUUUUUACUGAUUUUCAUCUUAAAGUUUAGACUUCUUUUUAUAAUUUGUGUGAGUGUUAAGCUUAAAGGUCUACAAGGUAUGAAACUUUCAUUAGUGAUUUAUGUUGAAUAACAUAUAGGGUAUGGAAAUUGCACAAAUUAAAAUUGAUAAUACAAAACAAAAACUUGCAGGAUAUGUUUAUUAGAUAUACUGAGGUUUUAUAAGAUUGAUUGAACCGUUUGUAGUUAGAUGUUGAAUUUUUAAAUUUUCUGCUAAAUAAUCUGAUAAAUUUGAUAGUACGUCCAGGGUUGACAUCUGCCCCUGCUCAAAGAUUCCUCCCAUUCCGUGUGAUAUAUUUGUUAACUGUAGCAUAUUAGCUUAGCUCUAGAUUUACUGUUUGGUAAGUGUCUUUGUAUUUUAAUAUCUAAAAAGAAAAAAAACGUCCAUCUUAGACCGAAUGUGCUUAAAAUAUGAAACUGUUAUACAAUGUUUCAUUUUGGUUUACAAUAAAAAAAGAACGUUAAUUUGGAUUAAAAAAGUAUUUUCUGUUGGUUUUACCUCAUUGAUAAAAUAAAUGUGUUAAAUAUUUGAUCCAUUUUGUGUGUGUUUAAUAGUUUAGUUUAAGAAAAUGCAGAAGAUUUUUUUUCAGUUGAUUUUAUAAUUCUUUUAUACAUUGAUUCAAGUUUUUAUUUUAGAUCCUGUAUUAAUUUGUGUACUUAUUUUUCUUCGGUUAAAAGUAAUCAGAUUUUUGUUCUUGAGUUACUUUGUGUUCUCAUAAAUAAUUUAUGAACUAACUAUACAAAUAAAUUUGAAUCAAUCAAUUUACUGUGUUAAGAUGUAAAUGACAUGAUUUAAAAAGACAAUAUGUAUUAGUCUUAUAAAAUGUUUCCCUUGAUAGAAUAGAUUUAUGUGCAGUCAGUCAUACCACAUGUUUCUGUACUACGUUCAACUAUUCUCAUUUUCAAUAAUUGUAUACUCGAAUCGUUGAGUAGGAUCCUGAUUCUUUUAUAAUAAUGAAGUGUUUAUAAAUGUUACCUAAAAUCAAAUAAAAAGAGAAAAGUAAUAA